AUGUCGGAUGCAUAUCCGGAUGAUCUGCAAAGCGUGCAAAGUCGUCCGGGCUCACAGAAGCCUUACGAUGUAGAGAAGAGACUAGGGGGGGAAAUCCAAGUCAAUAUACCAACUGAGGCAAGCAAGAACAACGAGUGGCAAAGGAGGAACAAUAGUCUGCAAGCGAACAAAAGAGAAAAGGCCAUCCAGCCGUCUAGCAAGCUGUCCGAUUGGCGGGUGGACAACAAAGAACCACUCGAGCAGGCAACCUUGGUUGGGAGGUAUGCACGCAGGGGAGGAAGUGUGGAUGAUGGUGACAGGUGGACGGAUGGAUGGAUGGACGGAUGA